AUGUCUGCAUCUCCAGACAGCACGCACGCAGCUCUUUUCGGCGAGGAAUCUACUUUCUAUAACGAAGCACAUCCUGGAAUCGAACCUUCUGUCUCUUCCGACACCUGCGAGAGCGAUAUAGACAGGUGUUCACAUAUCACUUCCGUCCUCGCCGAUCCAUCCGCGAAAGCAGGUAUUAUAGACAAAUACAAAACAGUCGUAGCCUGGCAUGCUCGUAGAACACAUAAUUCCCUGCACCCAGCAAAGCGAAGGAAGAUAUCUUCACCAACCUGCGUCGAUGCAAAGUUUGGAUCAGUCUUCUGUUCAGAUUGCGACGACUUUGUUUUUGAUGAUGUCAUCGACGAUUUGCAUCUCUCCACCGUCCUAUCGGUGGAAGAGCAAAAAACGAAAUUUAAAGGCCGAGAGCCGUAUCAACCAUGGAUUCCGACGGAUGACGAGUCCACUGCCCUCAAGUAUGCCGCCACAGUUCCUUGCCAAGGUCGUCGUGGACUGCUCAAUCUAGGGCAGACAUGCUUUUUGAAUGUCGUACUCCAGUCGUUCAUUCAUAACCCAUUGCUACGGAAUUAUUUUCUCAGCGAUAGGCAUAACAGUAGGCUGUGCAAGCACUCAGACUGCACCUGUUGCGAAAUGGAUAACCUGUUCACAGAGAUAUAUUCCCCGACCAAUACCCCAUUUGGGCCCACGUCCUUCCUCGCCACAACAUGGAAAGUUUCUGCCGAAAUGUCAGGCUAUGCCCAACAAGAUGCACACGAGUUUUUCAUCACUGCACUGAACCAAAUUCACGGGACAUGCCGUGGUUCCACGAAUAUUUCGUGCAACUGCAUCAUUCAUCAGACUUUUGCCGGUCAAUUUCAAAGCGACGUCACGUGCGAGAAAUGUGGGACUGUGACUAGCACAAUCGAUCCGAUGCUUGAUAUCAGCCUUGAAUUGAGGUCAAAGUCUGGGGAACCGGCUGCUGACAACACGCUUGCCAGUUGUUUGCGCAGCAAAUGCACGAAAGCCUCUCACGAGGCUGUGAAGCGCCUCAGCAUACGGACAUUACCGCCAGUUCUUAGUUUUCAAUUCAAGCGAUUCGAGCACAAAACGUCUGGGAAAGCUGCCCCGCAAAAGAUCGACGCACCGAUACGGAUCCCAGUAUCUAUCAAUAUGGCGCCUUAUACAACUCUUGCUAUGAAUGCGACUGGAAAGGAUGGUGAAACUGGCUACCCAGGACCGGACGCAAUGUAUGAAUAUGAUCUAUUUGCGGUUAUCAACCAUGAAGGGCAAAUGGAUAACGGACACUACACGAACUUUGCUCGUUUUCAAGAUGAGUGGUACCGUUUUGACGAUGACAAAGUAACCCCAUCGACACUCAGCGAAUGCCUAGCCUCAAAUGCGUACAUGUGUUUCUACGUGAAGCGACAUCUUGAUUACAAGCCCUAUGUGAAACCAACGUACCUAGUUGCGCGUGAAAAGGACAUCGUUCGUGAGCAAGCAAUGGAACGAGAGAAAGAGGCGGCACGUAUGAAGGAAGUGGACGAUGCCCUGAUGGCGAUGGUCGGUGGAGACUGA